AUGCGCAAACCCCAUUUUCAUACCACCAUCUUCAUGUUCUUGCUCUUAUUCCCUGUUCUCUCUCUAGCCACUGAUACCAUCACACCCACAACACCAAUUACCGUUAAUCAAACUCUAGUCUCUAAUCAACAAGUGUUCGAACUCGGGUUCUUUAGUUUAGACAACAACAAUAAUAAUAAUAAUUGGUAUAUAGGAAUAUGGUACAAACAAAUUGAGCCCAAAACCUAUGUAUGGGUGGCUAACAGAGGUAACCCGGUUAACUCAUCUUCUGGGAAGUUAACAAUUGGCGGAAAUGGCAACAUAAUACUUUUUAACCAACCGGAAACCGCGGUCUGGACGUCGAAUGAUUCGAAUCAUUCGGUUCGGGCUGUGAAGAGGGUGGCUCAGCUUCUUGAUUCGGGUAAUUUCGUGCUUCGACCGAAGGGUGAUGAGAGACCGGAGAGUUAUAUAUGGGAAAGUUUUAAGAAUCUGACGGAUACUUUGUUACCCGGAAUGAGGCUCGGGUGGGACCGAAAAACGGGUGUGAAUCGGUUUUUGCGGUCGUGGAAGUCGGGUAUGGAUCCGGGUUCGAGUAGUUACACGUUUAAAAUGAAUGUGGACGGGUUCCCAGAGAUUUUUUUAUCGGCCUGGGUGAAACCGGUGUUCCGUAGUGGCCCUUGGAAUGGAAGAAGGUUUAGCGGUGUACCGACAUCAAGAGGUGUGAGAUUAAUGGAGCUCUGGUUUGUAAAUAACUAUGUGUUAAGGAUUGAAAUUUAA